AUGGAUCGCAUCAAGGAGAAAAUGAACCAGCUCCGUCUGGAGGCCGACGAGAAUGCCGCCAAGGUCGACGAGCUUCAGGCCAAGGUUAAGUCGCUGGAGCAGGAGAACCUGUCCAAGGAGCAGGAGAUCACCUCCCUUCAGCACAAGAACGGCCUGCUCGAGGGUGAGGUCGAGAAGCUGGAGACUGCAAUUAAGGAUUUCAAGAAGGCUGCCGACGAGAGCACUACCACUGGCACACAAAACGAGACUCUUCAGCGAAGACUCCAGCUCCUCGAGGAGGAGGCCGAGGAGGCGGACAAGACCCUUCGGGAAGCCAACGAGAAGCUCAGACAGACUGACGUCAAGGCCGGCCACUUCGAGCGCAAGGUCCAGGCUCUCGAGGUAGAGCGCGACCAGUGGGAGUCCAAGUACGAGGAGAUGGCCAAGAAGUAUGCGGCGACCCAGAAGGAGCUCGAGGAGUUCCGUAACGAGAUUGACAACAUCUAA